UGUAUAUUAUUUUUAAUUUGCUUUCACGGACGGACCGACCAUGUCGUCUGCCAAAUCCUUAGCGGAAGAAGGGGACGUAGGCCACAACCUACAGACUGUGGUUGAUUCCAUUUCUGGCCGCUUUCUGAUUUACACGUCUUGUUCGAGCGAUUGUUGGAUUGUUCAUGUAACAAAUGGCGUUGAUGUGUGGAGGUCAGUAAUGGAUCAGACGAGCUUAGACUCUCAUAGGGAGUUAGCAGAAGUGGCAAACUAUGAGGCCUACUUUGCAAGAUUCAAGAAAUCAUUUACUAGUGGUGAUCUGCUGGUCACAAAACAAGCUCACAAAGUUAGUUUGGAUGUAGGCACAGGGUCGACCGCACUGAGAUAUGACCUAUAUGAGGCCACAGCCAGCGAGAGGAAAGCGGAUCUCAAGAGCGCCCUCUUUUGGCUGGCUGACACCGUUUCUGACGUGACUAAUAAACUUACAAAGUGUGAAGAAGAACUGAGUGUACUGAAGAAACAAAAAGGAACGAGCAGUGUUGCAGCAGUCCUUCCAGAUAUUGAUACUAAAAAGAGGUCGGGACAAAUCAAAGUUCAAAAGCAGCAAGGUCAUAGCAUAGUCAACCCCAGCAGUAAAAAACGGAAAGCUGCAACAGGAGUUCAGUUUGACUGAGACUGAUUGAGGUCACGUAUUACUGAGAACGAUUGGGAUUCAGGAUUUAUCAUGAAGUGCUUCAAAUUUAUGGUUGACAGUCAACUUUAAUGAUUAGGCCUUUCCCUGUACUUCAUUGUGCUCUUGAAAUAUCUCCA